GUCGAGCCUGCCUCUCCAUUGUUAGGUACGCGAUAGAAUAGAAGUGGAGGCGAUUGGUACCGAACCGACCGUUGCAUCAGUCGGAGUGAGUAUUUAGCCUCGUUCUAAAACUCCAACCGUUUAUUUCACGAUAGCUUUGUUUGUUCUAGAUCUAGGCCCAACCAGUAUCGCGGUGUAGGAUUAAAUUCUCUGCCCGGUUUUAAAGCGUGAGUUCUGUUUGGAUUUACUCAUCCUUCCGUGUUCGACGUGUGUAUUUAUUUCUCUAAAUAAACAACGGAUGUGCUGAGCAGCGUCUGCUUCGUCUUAACAUGAUAACAGGGCUCAGUGACAGCAAGGGUGAAUGGUGAGAAGAAGGAAGAAAAACUCGAGUUCUGCAACACAGUUGUCUCCCCCAGUCAGCGGCCCGCACUAGAAGGGAGGUAAACUUGGAACUGGCAUCCCUCGAGGGACUGGAUCAUCGCACACAAUCUGCCCAGGACACGGAACUGUGUGGUCACAAUGGGAGAACCUAGCGACUGGAGAUUUAACAAAGCUGUUCAUUCAGCCUUCGUGCUUGGUUUACCUAUACCACAGGACCAGGUACUUGUAGAAUACGUUUACGUAGCAGAAGAUGGGUACAGCAUUCACAGCAAGUGUAGAAAAAUUAACUCAGUGCCUGCCUGCCCUUCAGAAGUCCCAGUGUGGAGCUAUGCGGCCAACUUUCCAGUUGAGGACCGGUUCCUCAAGCCGGUUGCCAUCUAUAAAGACCCGUUCCGGCAAGGGAAUCACCGGCUGGUGUUGUGUGAGGUCUACGCUAAUGACUGGCAGCCUGCGCCUCGCAACUUCCGUAAAGACUGUGCUGAAACAAUGGCCACACCGGAAGUGAUGUCAUCGGCCCCCUGGUUCGGCCUUGAGCAGGAGUACUCCAUCAUUGACGCGGCCAAUCGGCCAAUUGGUUGGCCAAGCUGCUUCAUGCCGCAACCAAAUACACCCAUCCACCACGAUGCUGUGGGCAUGCAUAAAGCAUUCGGACGAGACCUGUACGAGGCCCAUCUCUUUGCGUGUCUCUAUGCUGGCAUCAAUAUAUCUGGCGGCAAUGCUGAGGCUUGUCCUGGACAGUGGGAGUUUCAAGUUGGCCCGUCUGAAGGGGUCAGAGCUGCAGAUGACCUUUGGAUGGCCAGGUACAUUUUGCACCGUUUGUCCGAGGAGUUUGGCGUUGCCGUGUCGCUGCAUCCAAAGCUUAUACCAGGUGGCGCAGGGGCCUGUGGGGGCCAUGUGAACUUCAGCACCAAGCAGAUGCGACAGGAGGGGGGAAUCAAACAUAUAAAGGCAGCAAUGCCCCUUCUUGCCAAGACUCACCAGGAUUUUUUGCCUCUGUGUGAUGCCCAUGGCGGGGCUGAUAAUGUUGCCAGACUGAUGGGAUUUUUCUGUACAGCAUCUCGCGAGUUUAGGUGGGGGAUAGAGGACAGAGAUGCCACAAUACGAAUACCCCGGCAAGUCGCCAUUGAUAAGAAAGGAUUCCUUGAGGACAGGCGACCCGCAUCGAACUUUGACCCCUACCUUGUGACCGAUGCUCUAGUUCGUGUUGUUGUUUUAGGACAUGAAAGUUUGAGAAACCCAUACGCGGAACCAAAAGUGAUAAAACUCUCCGUGGAUUUAUCCAGAGUUCAGUUAGAGGAAGAUGAUGACAACAGCGUGGUGAUAUGAUAACUGGAGAUGUACAAUGAAAUGGAGGAACGUUUUCCGAUCACUAACACACUGACCUGACCAAGCUGACCCUAUGUAGUUGAAAUAUUUUUUUUAAGCCAGCUUUUUUUUUGGUGAUAUUCAUGAAACAUUGUGUAUCCUUUUCCAGUCGUAACUGCCUCAAAUUUGAAUCUCUUUUCUGUCAGGAUAUACAAAAAUAAAAAAAAUAAUUCCCCUUACAAACAAACAUAACAAUUUGAGUGUUGUUUUUGAUAACUUUUGAGUUUUUCCUUGCCAUUUUCCAAAUUUGUAAGACCAGAUACAAGAGAUGAAUUUGUUGCACAAAAAAAAAAACAACAACAGCCAAACUAAUUUACCUCCGUUAUUUAAUGUUGUGAAGAAAAUAAUUUGUUUUACAAUGGUCUACUUGUACUAAUCAACUGUUUAAUGUCUGUGUGUAGUCCCUAGUAUCUAUUUUAAAUGGAUCACUUGAAACCAAAUGUAGAACAUCAGUAAUUUAUACGGAAGUUAAUUUUUGCGAGGAUGUAUAUUUGAUAGAUGACAUUACAUUUUUAUCAUGUUGCUCUGUUAUACGUGUGUUGAUUGGUUAGUAGAAUUGUUAUUUUUUUUUCAACUGCACCAAAGGCUUUUCCGGUAUGACUGUUGAUGAGUUUUAACAGAUGUAUCUUUGCUGGAUAGGACAUUAAUUAAUAAAGCGCUUGAUUCAAUUCCGUGGAAAAUUUCACAAAUAUCCUUUUAUCUUAUGAAUGGUGAUUGCUCCUGACUUAACGGAUAUAACAACAGUUACUAACAUUGUAACAAAUACAAUAGCAAGCAAAAAUCAAAUCUUUCAGUCUGAAAGCUAAGAGUUAGAUUAAAGAGAAUACUGGUCAAAGAUUUAUUGACUAAUUUUACUAGGCAUUUGAACACAAAUUCUUCUGUAACAGGAGAAAAUGCAUCACCAGCUAUAACUAUAUAUGCAUACAUUGUUAAUUCAGUUUAUACAUUUGGAAAGAAAUUUUGAAUGUUGUAUUCUGAUUUUUAUGUACAUGUUGUACAAUAAUAUCUUACUGUAGUGAAUGCUUUAUUUUACUCCACUAGUGAAGAAUAAAAUAGAAUUAGGUGAGAAAAGUUUUUGUACUGAAGUAGCAUAUUGUGUUUAAUAUAAUAAAGUUUUAGUAGAAAGGCUAAUGUUUUUUUUAUAAUCUACUUUAUGUUGAAUAUAAUGAAAAAGGUCUUAUUUGGUAAGGUAAAAAAAAUUGAGUCUUUAAUGAAAGAGAUUUUUACUUUUUUUAUAGCAUGAAAUAAUUUUAUUCUAUUCAGAUGUUGUGUUUAAUUAAAUGAAAAAAAUGGUUCCACUAGAAAGAUAUUUUGUAAAUACACUUCUGGAGUAGUGUGUGGCUGCACUAUGUAUGAAUGUAACGACUCCGUAAAGAUUCUGUUGUACAUGUAUGUUGUUUUACACAUUUUUUAACACGUGCAUAGAAAGGAUAUCUCGUACAGUGUGGACGUAGAUUUUACUUUUUAUUUAAUCAUUUCCUAUUCUGCUGAAUUGAAUAAAAGCUUUUUAUAU